AUGUCGGACUCCGAACAACAACAACAACAGUCGGUCGAUGACUCAACAUUGUCGAGCCGCGGCGAGCCAGAUACGAGGGUGUCCAAUGAUCUACACAUAAAAGAGAACGAUGCCGGACGUAGAGAGUCAAAUGAAACGUUUUGGGCAUCAAAUAACGAAAAGUAUAUAGCAAAUGAAGCCGUUAUUGAUCAGGAUUUGAAGCGUGAAGAGGAUCAUUCACACAAGGAGUGUUCAACAUAUGCAAAUUCACCUAAUGCAACCCUGCUUGGAAGGCCAUCAACUUUUGAUAAUUCACAAAUAGCUGAGACAAAAGAUUCAUUUAAUUCCCAUGGAUCAGCUAAUAAAGCUUAUACAAAUUAUUCUACGUAUGACCCGGAAAUUAUCAUGUUAAAAUCCAAAUUUGAAAAAUUUACUGACAACGUGGUAACAAAGAUAGACGAGCUCGCUUUCGAGAUAAACGUCAUAAAAGAGAACAAACCGUAUUCGAUCGUAACUCUGGAAGGAGUCAUCGAUGAAUAA